GCACCGCGGCUCUCUAGGCUAAUCCUCCACGUAGCGGCGCCAGCACACCGGGUUCUAGUCCCAGUCGGGGCGCCGGAUUCUGUCCUGGUUGCCCCUCUUCCAGGCCAGCUCUCUGCUGUGGCCCAGGAGUGAAGUGGAGGAUGGCCCAAGUGCUUGGGUCCUGCACCCCAUGGGAGACCAGGAGAAGUACCUGGCUCCUGCCAUCAGAUCAGCACGGUGCGCUGGCCGUGGCGGCCAUUGGAGGGUGAACCAACGGCAAAAGGAAGACCUUUCUCUCUUUCUCUCUCUCACUGUCCACUCUGCCUGUCAAAAAAAAAAAAAUUAUUUCAGUCCUUUUACUAAAAAGCCCAAUGGCAGAAUAUCAGGUAUGAAAUAUAAGAUCUGAAAUAUAUUUGGGACGGAUAGUGAGAAGUCAUUUAUUAUUGUCUCUGUUUUCUGGUUUGUACAUUGUAUAAAACAAUGCCUAAGUAAUUGAACAGAUCUCAAGUUGCAGUCCUAGAAUAAAUUUAUUAGCCAUUAGCUAAGAGGGACAAAGUUGUUGAUUUUCAAAGCUGAAAGAGCGCUAAGACCCCUCUAUUUAGCUUCCAUUUUCUCCUUAGAUACAUAAACUAAUGGAGAAACAAAUGAUUUUCACAUCUUCAAUUACAAAAUUAGUUGGUGAAAAGGCUAAGCCUAGAAUCGAGGUGGUUUUUUUUUAAGAUUUAUUUUAUUUAUCUAAAAGGCAGAAUUACAGAAAGAAAGAAGGAGAGGGGGCCGGUGCCAAGGCUCACUUGGUUAAUCUGCCUGCGGCACCAGCAUCCCAUAUGGGCACCAGUUCUAGUCCGGGCUGCUCCUCUUCCAGUCCAGCUCUCUGCUGUGGCCCAGGAGGGCAGUGGAGGUUGGCCCAAGUGCUUGGGCGCCUGCACCCGCAUGGGAGACCAGGAAAAGCACCUGGCUCCUGUCUUCGGAUCGCCGCAGCUCCAGCCGUAGUGGCCAUUUGGGGGUGAACCAACGGAAGGAAGACCUUUCUCUCUCUCUCUCUCUCUCACUGUCUAACUCUGCCUGUCUAAUAAAUAAAAAAGAAAAAAAAAAGAGGGAGAGGGAGAGGGUUAGGGAAAGGGAGAGUGAGAGUGAGAGGGGGAGGUGGGAGAAGGGGAGAGAGGGGCAGAGAGGGAGGGAAGGGGUGAGAGGAGAAAUGCAGAGAGGGAGAGGGGGAGGGAAGGGGGAGAGGGGAGAGAGACAGAGAGACAGAGAGAAAGAAAGAAAUCUUCCAUCUGCUAGUUCCCUCUCCAAAUGGCUGCAGUGGUCAGAGCUGGGCAGAUCUGAAAACAGGAGCCAGGAGCUUCUUUCAGGUCUCCCAUGUGGAUGUAGAGGCCCAAUGAUUUGCACCACUUUCUGCCACUUUCCAAAGCACAUUAGCAGGGAGCUGGAUAGGAAGUGGAGCAGCCUGGUCUCAAACCAGCACCCAUAUGGGAUGCCUGCACUGCAGGCCUAGGCUUAACCAGUUAUGCCACAGCACCAACCCAUAGAAUCCAAAUUUUAAUACCCAGCCUAUUUCUAUUAUAUGUUUCAAUUCUUUAGCAUGCAUUCAUUAUUCUUUAUGAAGUAAUCCCAGCAUAACCUUCUAAAUUUAUCUCUUGGUUCUCCCCAACAUGUUAGACAGGAAUACUUUUUCUUCCACACUAGUCUUGAAUCUGCACUUUAUUGAAUUCUAUCCCUCCCUACAAACACUACCCCUGCUCUCCAUCCUUACCCUAGCCCCACACACUUGAACUACCCCCUGCUGUCCAUACACCUUCUAGUAGUCAAUGUGCCAGAAGACUUUUUUCAACAGACAAUACUUGGAAAAAAACAAACUGAAUUUUAGUUCCAACUGUUUUGCCUGGCAACCUCACAACUUUGAGCAUCUACUCAAGUACUUCUCUGUAUCCCCGUUUCAAGAAAAGCAAGUGUUCUAUUACAGAGACAAGGGAAUUUGGAGACAGUGCCUAUUAAUGAAUGAGAAGUAUCUUCUGACAGUUUUUGUCUUGUUGUAGCAAGGAAUGAGGUUUAUGACUACACGAUAACAUGGACAAAAGCAUCACAUCCUCGUGAAUGAAAAAUGACCCUCCAGUAUGUUAAGUAGUCACAUGCUUUCACAAAAUACCUGUCACCUGUAAUGUGUUUAAUCGUAACUUACCAGAAUAAAUGAAAUUCUUACUGAUUUGUGAAAUUCCCUCUCUGCUUCUGAUUCAGUUCCGCAAGUCAUACUAUUGGUUAAAGUUGAUUCCUUAAGACUUGUUUAGCAAGUUAGAUUUUAAUUAUGUGGGAUUUCCUCCUUUGACUCCAGCUCGUUCAUAGAUCACACAUAAUAGAUGAGAGUCAGUCAUUUGAGUGGGAAUCUCAAAGCAGUUGGAUUGGCAGAAAAAUAGGACCUCUUCGCUACUCAGGAUUAAAAUGUAUAGGCCAGCACGGGGAUCAUCGACUUCGAGAUUCCUGAAUCCAUACGUGAUUUGUUUCAUUGUUGUAGCAGUCGUGGUGAUCCUGGCAGUGAUCGUAGCUCUACUUAUUCACUUUUUAGCUUUUGAUAAAAAAUCUUGCUUUUUUCACAGCAGCUUUCAAAUUCGAAAUGUUCAAUAUAGCGAUCAGUUAAAUUCACCAGCUACACAGGAAUACAGAUUAUUGAGUGAAAGAAUUGAAUCUAUGAUUAGUCAAACACUCCAAGGAUCAAACUUAAGAAAUCAGUUCAUUAGAGCUCAUGUUGUCAAACUGAGGCAGGAUAGUAAUGGUGUGAUAGCAGAUGUUGUAAUGAAAUUCCGAGUCAGUAGAAACAACAAUGGUGAUGCAAUGAAAAGAAGGGUUCAGGAUGUUUUACAGCAAAUGCUGAAUAACUCUGGAAGCUUGGAAAUAAACCCUUCAACUACGGUAACAGAGAUUACUGGCCAGGAUACAGAAACCAUCUUCACCCAACAAUGUGGGGCCCGUCCAGACCUAAUAACAUUGUCUGAAGAGAGAAUCAUUGGAGGCACCCAGGCUGAGGAGGGAGACUGGCCCUGGCAAGUCAGUCUCCAGCUCAACAACGCUCACCACUGUGGAGGCAUUUUGAUCAGUAACACGUGGAUCCUGACAGCAGCUCACUGCUUCCGGAGCUACUCUGAUCCUCGUCAAUGGACUGCCACCUUUGGUAUUUCCACAGCAGUUUCUAGACAGAGAAUGAGAAUAAGGACAAUUUUAGUCCAUAACAAUUAUAGAUCUGCAACGCAUGAAAAUGAUAUUGCAGCUGUGCAACUUGAAGGAGCUAUCACAUUUACAAGAAACAUCCAUAGUGUGUGUCUCCCAGAGGCCACUCAGAACAUUACACCUGGUUCUUCAGCUUAUGUAACAGGAUGGGGGUCUCUAGAAUAUGGUGGCAACACGGUUACCUAUCUACAGCAAGGACGGGUCAGAAUAAUAAGUAAUGAAGUAUGUAACGCACCAGCGAGUUACAACGGCGCUGUCUUGCCUACAAUGGUGUGUGCAGGAUUAUCUCAAGGAGGAGUGGACGCAUGCCAGGGUGACUCUGGUGGCCCACUGGUACAAGAAGACUCGCGCCGGCUUUGGUUCGUUGUGGGCAUUGUAAGCUGGGGCUAUCAGUGUGGCCUGCCUGACAAACCAGGAGUGUACACACGAGUGACAGCCUACCGUGACUGGAUUAGAGAACAAACCGGGAUCUAGCUGGAUAAAUGCACCUCUGCUGCAAAGCCGGUUCGCAACUGAGCCUGUCAAAAAAUCCCAAGCUUUAAUUCUCCGCUGAAAAAGAAACAGGAAGUGUCCUAUUUUCACAUCCUGUCACAUACAUGUGGUUUAACGAACACUAUUUAAUCUCUCUUUACUAUUUGGAUUUUAUAUUUCCUCAAGAAAAACAUAAGAAUGUUGCAAAAUACUGUUGCUGAUAGGGAAAACAGAUUUAACUAGUUACAGAGUUACAAAUUGUAUUACAGUUGUGCUAAUGCUAGUAGUGAGAAAACCAGUCCCCUGGAGGGCAUUCAGUAGGGGCAGCCUGAGGGGUCUCCUCUGAGGAGGUGCCCCCGGAAGCUGACAAGUCAAUAAAGCGUACAAAAUUGCCAAAGAAGUGUGAACCAUAUUCAAGACUCAAAAAGGACAGUGUGAGGUGAGAAAAAAAAGUUCUAUUUAUUUAAGAUUUCUGGCUAUCCAACAAUUUAUAGGAAAUAUGAUUUCUAACAUUAACAAUAUGAAAGCAUGGUAUGGUCCCAUAGCAAUCUUUUUUAUCCUGUACAAACAUGCUCUGGCAGGAACUGAUGAAUAUCAGAAAUUUAAGAUCAAAGCUAAACGAGUUCACUCCUCAACUGAGACCAAAAAACACUGUUCUCAUGCUGACUUCUACCAAAAAGAUCUUUUAUCUAAAGUUCCAUCCUCCAUAGAGAAGCUGAGAAAAUACACAUACAUAACUUUCUCAGGAAACUUGCAAUUACAUAGUGCUUUGUAACAACUAAAUAAUAGAAAUUUUAAAAGCUGAAGAUUUGACCAUCAGGAAGAAUUUCCGACUACCAACUUUCCACCACUGGUAGUUUUGAAAGUAAAAGGAAUCCUCAAUAGCAAAAGCUAAGUAAUGAAUUAAAGUGAAAGAAGAACGAUGAGGAGGAGUUUAUUUGAAAAGAGAAAUAUUAAAUAGCUUAAUGUCAAUAAAACUAUCUUGGAGAGAGAUGGAUUCUUUAUUAUGUCUAUCUAUCUCUCUAUAACUCUCUAUCUCUAUCACUAUCUAUCUCUAUUUGUCUCACACACCCCCAAACACUCCACCAAAGAGCAUAAAUUAAAGAAAAUCCAUUAAAAUUUAGAAGCAUAGCAAUCUAUAUUGUCUGAAUCACCAAUGUUACUGAGUUUGAUGGGCUUUGAGUACACCCAAGCAUGGUUACUCAUGAUCAUCAAUGCCAUCCCAAAAUUAUCUCAACCUCUGAGUAUCCUAACAGUUCCAGGCAUUGUGAUGAAAAUUUCCUGCAUUUCCCGAUAUGAAAUUGUGAUGAGAUCUACAUUAAAUACAUUUACUUUUAAAGAAAA